AUGAGACAGCGUGAAGUAGACGACGCCAUGAUGCCGGACGAACACGAACAGCACGAGCAGCAGCAGCACGAGCACAAACUCGAAAUAAUGGACGAUCUACGACAAGAUGGAGAUGAUGACGAUGAUGAUGGUAUCGGUGGCAAGCGACGGCUCUUUCGAUUUAAACCUGCCUUUGAUGUGGUCCUUGUGCGUGAAGUCAUUCGGUGCUUCCCGUGGUCUGCAGGCUAUGGACGCACACGUUCUGCGUGGAUGAGUGUAGCUACACGUGUACAGACAACACUAGAGACUUUGAAAGGUGUGGUGUUUACACGAGGGAGUGCACUGGAUCACGCGAUCGUUAAACGACGUGUAGACAUGUUGCUGGAAGCUUAUCGGAAGAACGAAAUGUCGGGAUUGCGUGGCUCUGGCUCACCCGAGGAGUUUGACAUGCGCAACAAGCUGCUGGCCAUCUUGGCAAGAGUGGUGGAUGAGCAGACACUGAAUAAAGGAGCGAUGCGUGAAAAGCGCGUGCAGUCGGCGUUGCAGGUCGCACAACGCAAUCUAGCAGAGUUGGAAGGCACCGUAGGCAUGGUGAUGCCUGCAUCAGCAGACCUAUCGCCGCCUCCUGCGGUUGCGACGCAGCCGUUGAUGCCCAUUGCCCCCGUACCAGCGACGUCUUUAGCUGUUGUCUCUCAUGGCAAUUCCAGUCCAGUACUGCCGAGUCUCAGUGCGCAACAAAAUGUGCAGCAGAAUGGCAGCAACAAACGUGCACUGCGAACGGGGGCUGUGUCUGUUGCUUCUCCGAUGCAGGAGGUGAAGAGACCACGAGUGGAAAAUACAGCGGUAUCAAUGGAAACGACACUGGACAUGGAAGAACGGAAGCUGCGUCUUGAGGAAAGACGUGUGGAACUGGAGGAGGAGAGACUAGCCUUUGAGAAACAGAAGUCGGAACAGGACGAAAAGGAGCGCCAGGCGCUGCUGGAUGUGCUGCGCGCACAGGGCUCCCUCGUGACAGAGCUGCUGACGCACUUGCGGAGCUCCAAGAUAUCCCCGAACACACAGGGCUUGUAA